GGGCGGCCAUGUCGGUGCAGGAGGACCCGGUGCAGCGGGAGAUCCAUCAGGACUGGGCCAACCGCGAGUACAUCGAGGUGAUCACCAGCUCCAUCAAGAAGAUCGCGGACUUCCUCAACUCCUUCGACAUGUCGUGCCGGUCCCGGCUGGCCACCCUGAACGAGAAGCUGACGGCGCUCGAGCGCAGGAUCGAGUACAUCGAGGCCCGGGUCACCAAGGGCGAGACGCUGACGUAGGCCUGGGGCGGCCCCGGGCCCCCCCACCCCGCCGGAGCACCGCCGCCCCGCACCCUGCUCGGGGCCUGCCGCCACCGCCGCCUCUGCUUGUGUUGCCAAUAAACCGCUGUGCUCCUGCCCUGCCUGCUCUCUGCCUGCCUGCCUGGGGCCGGGCCACGGGAUGCCCGGAUCCCCGCCACCGUCUUGGACGUUCAGAGCCUGCCUUUCCGUCCGCCUAACCCACGGGGCUCAGGCCCACCUUCCUCCCCACACAUGGGGGCUGUGACGGGAGGGGACACGCUCCAGGGGCCGCAGACCUGGCAGCUGUCAGCUCUGGGAGGUACCUGACCAGCCUUUGAGGUGCUUUGUGCUCCUGCUGGGGUCACAGUGGAAAAUCUGGUGAUCCCGAUGGUUUGGAGGGUGUCUCAACCGUAUGUGUGCACACUGGCAGGGCUAGGUGGGGACAGCAGGCUCACCUGGCCUGCUGCACAUGCCACAGGAGAGGGCUCUUUGCUGGCAGCUAGGAAGAGGUGCUUCUCUUCCUCUAGGGAGGCAAGUGGCAAGGAGGAAGAAAUCUCUCUUCCCUUCCCACCACUCUUCUAGUUAUCUUAGUUUUUUGGUGGGUAUGUAGAGCUGCACGCUCACUGCUCAUAUUUAGCAUUUGUUGGGGAGUCUGUGGAGCUGGUGUCAGUAAAGGUCUUCUUGCUUCCCAUCACACUUUAAUUGUCUCGGUAUAUUAUUCUCCCACUGGAAGCUAUGUGAUGUCUGCAGUGUUUACUGGGCACCUGGGUAACUUAAUGUUCUUCACAUUUUUGAGACUGGGAGGUCCGAUGUCAGCUGGUUGCUCCUCAACGUAAGUCUUCCUCCAAGCUCGGUUUUCUUCUCCAUAGGAAGUUCUGUGUUUUCCAUUGUUUGAAUAAGUAAGUGCUCCUCCAGCGUUUCCCUCAGCUCACCUAGCCGGUUACGCUUUACUGUCAGGUUGGGCUGCACAUCUGGGAGGCUUGGCUGCUGCUCGUGCGUAGUCCCAGGGGAAAUAAGUGCUUCGUACCAACCCUGCAGAGCUUACAGUGGAAGGGAGCAGCCAUGGAUCAUUGCACUUUUGCUCGGGGGCAACGUCAAGUGAUGAGAGAUGGUGCUGUCAUACAGGAUUGGUAGGUAGAGGGAAGGCACCUGUCUCUUUCCUCAGAGGCAGUUGCCUGGUGGCCCAAAUACAUCAGAAGUAUGCAUGUGGCCCAUGCACUGCUUAUUCUGGGUCUGCUGGAGUGGAGUCCUGAGAUCUCUCUCCUUGGAGAUAACUCGAUAUUUGUCUGGAGAAGGCCCUGAGCAGUUUGAUCUGACUUUGA